CAUGCGAGUUCGGCCAAAUUGCAUCGUCUUGAAAAGUGCAUGAUUUCUGCUAAAAAUGCUAUUUGAACGAGCUUGCACUCUCAGUGGACAUUCAGAUCUGGUUUGGAACGUUUGCUGGAGUCCUGACGGUUCAUUACUGGCAAGCUGUGGUGGUGACAAGUCCAUCAGAAUAUGGGGGAAAGAAGGUGACAAGUGGGUGUGCAAGACCAUCCUCGAGGACGGUCACACCCGUACAGUCCGGAGUAUAGACUGGUCUCCAUGUGGGAGGUACCUGGCCUCUGGGAGUUUCGAUGCAACAGCGUGUAUUUGGAGCAAGACAGGGAAUGACUUUGAAUGCAUUGCCACAUUAGAGGGACAUGAGAAUGAAGUCAAGUGUGCUGCUUGGGCCCCAUCUGGACAGUAUUUGGCAACAUGCAGCAGGGAUAAGAGUGUGUGGUUAUGGGAAGUUGCUGGUGAUGAGGAAUUCGAGUGUGCCAGUGUUUUAAGUUCACAUUCACAGGACGUGAAAAAGGUGGUGUGGCACCCUCAUAAAGAUGUUCUGGUAUCAGCAAGUUAUGACAACACGCUCAAGUUUCAUAAAGAUGAUGGUGACGACUGGAUAAGCUUCACUACAUUAGAGUCCCAUGAGUCUACCGUGUGGAGUAUGGUAUUUGAUAAGACUGGGAAAAGGCUCAUAUCUGCCAGUGAUGACAGAACCUUAAAAGUGUGGAAGGAAUACUCAAAAGACAACCCUGAAGGCAUUGUGGUGCCAGGCAAUGAUGCAGUAUGGAAAUGUGUCUGCACAUUAUCGGGGUAUCACACAAGACCAGUUUAUGAUGUAGCAUGGUGCCCACUUACCAACCUCAUAGCGACAGCAAGUGGUGAUGACAUGAUACGAAUAUUCUCUGAGGACCUGACCGCCACUGAUCCAAACCAACCAUCUUUUGAACUCAGUCAUACUCAGAACAAUGCUCAUAUGGAAGAUGUGAACUGUGUAGCUUGGAAUCCUAAAGUUCCUGGAUUAUUAGCAUCUUGUAGUGACGAUGGUGAUAUCAAGAUUUGGAAUUGUAGUGCAUGAUGAAAGUGAAAUGGACUGUCAUCGUCUUGACCGUCUUGUAAUUGGACUGAGAUUGUGACUAUGCAUACAGUCCUUGUCUCAACGGUUUUAGAUUGGACUGACAUUGUGACAUUACAGUGCUAUUUUAUAGAUUUAGACUCGUCUAAAAUGAUAAAUAUUUCUGGUCAAGGCACUUUUGAAAUGAGCAGAUUGUGAUGUCUUGACAGAGAUUGUGACAGUACAGUGCUUGACAGUCUUUGACUGGCUUGAGAUAGCGACAAUACAGGUCCAGUCUUGAAAGUCGGAGUACACAAAACUACAUGUCAGCAUGCUGUUAUUAGCUAGCAUGCUUUAAAAAUAACGACUGUGUCCAGAUGUGCUGCAUUAGGCCCUCUUGCUGCAUUUGUGAAUAAACUAUAUGGUACAGUGUGCUGGGAUUGUGUCACAUACUAUAAUGGAGACUACUUUUA